CCGGUAAUGCUAGCGCCGGUUUCAGUGCUGUGUUAUCUGUGGAAUGGUUUGUUGUUGUGUAACACCCGUUUUACCGAGUGUUAUUUCUGUUUGCAAGACCGUGUGCACGGUUUAGCGUAGUCCGGCCAUGUCAGCCAUACGCGACAACACUCGCGUGUUGCGCGCACUGCGUGAGUUGGAAAACAUGUUCGGUUCCCGUGAAGCGGAUUCCACUGGUAGUGUCGACGACACAAUCGCACGUCGGCUCUCAUUUGGCGAAAGCAUGUCGGAAACUCGGAUUGACACUAGCAGUACCUCAGAAACAAAGUCAGCUGAGGCUGAAAUUAGAGCGCUGAAGGCGGAGCUGCUUCAGUGCAGAGCAGAGAUCACUCGACUCACCAUGCAAAAGGAAGAGGAGGAGCCCGCACGAAAGACUAUUGUUCUCGGCUACACGCGAGAGCUGGACACACUUCAGGAGCACUUGCAGAAAGAGCGAGAUGUGAAUGCUGAGCUGAAGCAGCAAGUGAUCAAGGCCCUGGAGAAAGAAGCCGAGGACCGGGCAGAGAUCGCACAGCUGCGGCAGCAAAUGAAGAACCGCAUCUCGGAACUGGAGGAGCGGUGGCAACGCUCCCAGGCGCUCUGUCUUGACCUUCAACAGCAGUUAGAUCAGACAAAAGAGUCUGCCCAGGAAACCACAUUCGCACUUGAAGAAGAAGUCCAGAGGCUCUCAGCGAGCCAAGUGAUGAUCCGCACCUCUCUUGAAGAAGCCAAGGACCAAGCAGAAAUACUGAAAAGGCAUAUUCGUGAGAAGGAGCUUCUCAUCUCCCAUUUACAAAGUGAAAAUUCUGAGCUUCGAAAGUCUGAAAGCAAAGCAAGGGAGCUCCAACGACGUCUCGAUGAGCUGAAACAGGUGGAGGAACUCUCUCGUAUAAUGAGAGAUGAGCUGAAACGGCUGCCGCUUGUCGAAAAAGAACGGGCAAAGCUUCAAGAGGAAGUCGAGCAACACCGGCUGGCCCGUAUGAAUGUGCACUUGAUACAGGAACGUUUGUUAGCAGCUCAGCACAAUACAGCCAAGGUGAAGGAGCUGCAAACGCUCAACACUCAGCUACAGGUGAAUGUGGAGCAGCUUCAAGAACAACUGGAAAAAUGGAAGGAAUUGGCCGCUGAACCGCACGGUCUCAUGAGUCCAACAGCAGUGCUGCAGUGCCUGGCUGAUCUGCGGCACUCUGAGUUGGCUCUGACAGAACGACAGUCAAAGUUAUUAGCAGAGAACGAAACACUGCGAAGCAAAGCAGAGACCAGCAGCCAAGAACUUCGUCGAACGAAUGCCAAGCUUGUGAAGGUCCAGUCGCAGUUUGACGAGCAGACAGCAUUACUGCGCAGAAUGCAGAGGCGCCUGCUUCUCUUGGGGAAGGAAAGGGAGGCAUACCGGGCCAUGAUUGAGAGCUACCAGAAAGAAGCCGGCCCCAAUUGGCCAGCUGCGGCUGCCAAGCAGAUCCAGUUUCUGGAAAAUGUGCUCACCGACUAUCGCCACUCCCUGGAGCAGGUGGACAAGGAGUUGCAUGAGCUGCGAUGUCAGAGGAUGUCCGAUUCCACUACAACCAGCACGGAGGUGCAAACAGACGACAUUCAAUUUGCUGAUGCUAAGCCGGAGGACCCGAGCUACCGUAUCGUGCAUUUAGCAGAGAAUCCUUUGGAGAUGGCGUUUCGUCAACGUGUGGAAAAUCUAAACAAAUUGGAAGAGGAGAAUGAGAGGCUGCGCGCUAGGAUCAAGGUCCUGGAGGAGUUUGGACAUUGUCAGGAUGUCACUGCCCAGGUGCAGCUGAAGCUGGACCAGGAUGGUGCACUUCCCGACCGAAAAAGCCUUCAAGAUCAGCUGGCUUCGGCCGAAGCCAAGAACCGGCGGCUCGUGGACGCGUUUCGCCGCACCAGUCAAGACUUCCGGCAAGGCUGCUAUGCAUUGACUGGCUACCGGAUUGAUGUGCUGAGUCAGGGCCACUACAGGCUGACUCACAUGUAUGCCGACUCGCCCGACGACUACCUGCUGUUCCAGAAUGCCCAGCAGAAGAUGAACGUCCUGGAGACAGAUUAUCUGCGCCAGCUCGGCGGACUAGCAAGCACUUACCUCGAGAAGUAUGACAGCAUCCCAGCUUUUCUCAGUGCCCUGACCCUGAAGCUUUUUGCACGUCAGAAUGACCUCGAAGACUCGCAGCUGUAAACCAGCUAUAGAACCUGGUGCAUCUGCGUAUCAAUGUUGCAUAAAUCCAUCUUUCAUUAUGUUACUCUUGUAAUGUUUCCUAAGAUCAUGCACUGUCUGAAAUAAAUGCCAUCCAACUCUGCUGAAGCCCUAAAA